AUGCCAAAAACCAGGAGUCAGCAGCCUAAAGUGGCUGGAAAAGGACCACUAGAAGACCCUAUCCAAAUCUCAAGGAAGCUGGUUAGAGCUCAUCUUCUAGCUGUCAAGCAUCAGAAAAAAAUUCUGCGACUUCGUACUGUUCUCGGCCAUCAUAGGCUUCAGUAUGACAGUGCGUUUUUUAGAAUGAAAAAUAUUGAUGAAGAAAUGGAGAAGAAGCGCCUGGACCAUCCAGAAGAAAUGAUCAAAAUUCGGAAAGCACAGCAUGAUAAGGUAGAAAAAGCGAUUCAAUAUGCCGCUGAAUUGGAAACUCGAGCUGCCAUAAUGGAAACAGUCAAGGAAAAACAAGACGUGCAACUCCAGCAGAUCAAUGAGCAAUUGAGAAAAACAGAGGAGGAGAAUCUAGAACUUCAACAGAAACUGGUGGCAUUGAGAAGAGAACUGGUUGAGGCUAGACGACAGAGAAAGCAGAAUCAAAGCUGA